CGCAAAUGUCCACCAACCGAUAACGCGGCCUCUUACUCUUUCGUCUGAAGGUAUUUCAACUUGUACCAACCUCAUUCAGAACUCGAAGGGCCGACGAGCUGGCAGGCGCCUAUUAUGAUCAACGCGUUCUUGGUCUUUAACGGCCAAGGCCAGCCUCGGCUGACCAAAUUCUAUACUCAGCUAGAGACGAACAUGCAGCAGCGGCUCAUAUCCGAAAUCUUUACGCUCGUGUCCAACCGGCCCACAGGGUCGUGCAACUUCCUCCCGCUCCCUCCGCUCCUCGCCGCCUCGGGCACCUCGCACACCGACUCGACCGAGCAGAACGACGUGCCGUCUCUCGUGACGUACAGAAACUAUGCAACACUCUACUUCAUCGUCAUUUCGACCGCCACCGAGUCUCCCCUCGCGCUCAUCGACCUGAUCCAGGUCUACGUCGAGGCGCUGGACAAGCUCUUUGAGAACGUGUGCGAGCUGGACCUGAUCUUCAACUUUGAGACUCUGCACUCGACCCUGAGCGAGAUGAUUGUUGGUGGUGUCGUCGUUGAGACGAACCUGGAUAGGAUCGUCGCCGGUGUGCGUGCGCAGGGUACUGUUGCCAAGAGGCAGACAAAUGACGGGAGAGGCGGCGGCGGCGGUAUAGGAUCUGGUUUGGGUAUAGGGGUUUGGCAUGGAAGGUGACCAAGAAGCUGGCGAGGGCAUCCCGUACCGGAUAUGUCAAGUCGUGGUUCUGGCAAGAUUCGCCGCUUUUACUGCGAAGCCGUGGAGGACGUCUCCAUCUUAAGGGUAUCGAGGCUGGUCCUUCGGCCUGCAGAGGCCACAGAUGCCAACUACAGGACUGAGAUAAAGUGUUCUGUCACCGCGACCUGGAACAGGAUUUGUAUACGCGAAGAGCUGGCCCGGUCCUGAUAGAAAGCUACAGGUGCACAACAGGAGCGGGUCCGAUGGUGGAAAAGAAAGCAGUACACCUGGGCUUAUGCUGAAUGCUAAUGGCUACAUUAUAUUGUACAAGUGGAGGCAAAGGGAGGUGUGGCAAGAAAAUUACUGGGGAUUCUUGUUGAAAUCCGGGCGCGCUGUUGUGCUUUGCAUGGGCGUUUUGGUCCCCAUGUCAAGAGUGUAUCCGAACUGCGCCCAGAAGCCCUUUUUGAUCUGAAAAAGCGUGAUAUCUAGUUAGAGACGUUCAGUCUAGAUGUAAUGGAGCAGGUCGGUAUAGACCGGCUGUACGUACCCCAAAGAAAGGAUUGUGUCUCUCGUCUUCCCA